ACGUCGAGUCGUCCUCUUCUUCCACAUCAUUGUUCCAGAGUUCUUUAGUUUUGUGAAKAGAGCCGGUCAAAAUGAGUGGAAUUACCAACCUCAAAGACAUCAUUGUCCGAUUUUACGAUGAAUACACACAGACGACACCCCAAAGACUAAAGAUUGUAGAUGCUUACUUGCUUUACAUCAUGCUUACUGGGAUUAUUCAGUUCGCGUACUGUUGUCUUGUUGGCACGUUCCCUUUCAACUCCUUUCUUUCUGGCUUCAUUUCGUCUGUAGGAUCUUUCGUCUUGGCCGUGUGCCUUCGAGUCCAGAGCAAUCCAGCCAAUUUUUCAGAAUUCAAGGGCAUAUCACCUGAAAGAGCUUUUGGAGACUUCAUCUUUGCAAGUGUCAUUCUUCAUCUUGUAGUGAUGAACUUCAUUGGUUGAAGAGACAGAAAGCAAGACACAAGACUCUGUGUGAAUACAAAAAUAUAAAGAGCAAUUUUAUGAAUUUUAGAAAUAAUUCUUCCACCACACCUCAUUUUCAAGUAAAAUCAAUACUGUAAAAAGAUAAUAAAGAAAGUUUUCUUUA